AUGUUGAGCGAUUCAGAGUCAGAACUGUUUAUUACUCAAAGCAGUUUUAGUGGCGGCACCUCAAUUGAGCUUUCGAAAAACAACUUUGAAUCUUUAUUUGCGGGUGCAGACAACGAGAAAGCAGUUGACAAUUUCAAUUUACGCACCGAGGAUCUUUUGACCGACCUUUUUACAGAUAAAGAAGAUUCCGGCCGAGGGAUCACUACUGUAACCGACAAGGAAAUUCAGGCGAGGAAUGAAGGAAGAAUACCACAAAACACUAAAAGGGCAACUUCAUGGAGUACACGAGUUUGGGAUGACUGGGCUACAGAGCGAAACUCGUUACCAAUAAAUGACAGCGACACUUUCGUGGUAGCUCCAAACAGUGGAAUUUUAAAGACACUGUGCAAUUUCGAACUGUCGUUUUGGCUGAGCAAGUUUGUAUAUGAAAUAAGGAAGAAGGAUAAGAGUGAAUACCCUCCAAAUUCACUGUAUUUAUUGUGUACAGGUUUGCAGCGUUAUUUGAGAGAAACAGGUGCUCCAGAGUUAAAGAUUUUUGAGAGUCCACAUUUCAAAUUGUUUCAAGAUUCACUGGAUGCUGAAAUGAAAAGAUUAACCGCCAAGGGACUUGGUUGCGAAAUCAAGCAGGCCGAGCCUAUAACGGAAGAUGAAGAACAAUUAAUGUGGACAAAGGGAGUAUUAGGUGAUACGGAUCCUAAAACUUUGCUGAACACUUUAUUCUUUCUAAUUGGUAAAUUUUUUGCGCUAAGAAGCGGCGAAGAGCAUCGUAGUCUGACAUUCGACCAAAUCAGGGUGAUUAAAGGAAGUGACAAAGAACGCAGCAAACUGCAGUACACUUCAUUUGGAGAGAAAAAUUACGCUGGUGGACUUAAGCACCGAAAGUUGCGUCCUAAAACCGUGGAACAGCACGAUAAUCCUAGCAACCCAGAAAGAUGCAUUGUUCGCAUAUUUGAGAAGUAUCAAAGCAAAUGCCCAAAGUUAAAGCCUGGCAGUGCUUUAUAUUUGACCCCUAAAAGAAAAGUCAGCUCUGACGACGAAGUGUGGUACACAAAAACACCAGUUGGAAAAAACACCUUGAGAAAGGUUGUUCAAGACAGGUGUAGAGAUGCAGGAAUAGAAGGUUACAAAACAAAUCAUUCCCUGAGAGCCACGACUUGCACGAUUGGCCUAGAAAAGGGAGUGCCUGAAAAGCUCGUAAUGGAACGUACUGGACAUCGUACUGUGAAAUCACUUCACACCUAUCAAAGAGUGAGCGACGCGCAGAAGGAAAUUGUGUCCGAUGUUUUGCAAGGAUAG